UGUACCAAAAUACUUCUCCCCCUUUCAUUCUUAUCUCGGUGAAGGUGCAAUGGGGCUAAAGAGAUUAUUUUCCUCAUGCUUCAACAACCAAGUAGAAAAAUCAUCAACCAGUUGCAACAAGCAAACGGAGGUUGCACUGAGAAUCGCAAACCAUUUAUUCUCAAAAGAGGAAUAUCAUGACAAGAAUCUUGUGUUUUCCCCCUUGUCGCUAUACAUGGUGCUUAGCAUCAUCGCUGCUGGUUCAAAAGGUGCCACACUCGACGAGCUUCUCACCUUCCUCCAAUCCGACUCGGUUGACCAUCUUAACUCCUUGGCCUCGCAGCUGGUCUCCGCCUUGCUAUCCGACGGUGCUGCUCCCUUGUAUUUCGUCAAUGGAGCAUGGGCUGAUCAAUCCCUUUCCCUUUCCUCUUCUUUCAAACAAGUUGUUACCACUGAUUAUAAAGCCAAUGUGGCUUUACGUGAUUUCAAUCAGUAUGCUGAAGUGGCCAAUGAAGUGAAUUCAUGGGUUGAAAAAAAGACAAACGGCCUUAUUAAACAGCUUCUUCCUGAUGAUUCAGUUGACAAAUACAGUAAGCUCAUCUUUGUAAAUGCCUUGUACUUCAAAGGAGUGUGGAAAAACAAGUUUGAUGUUUCAGAAACAAAGAAGCAUGAUUUCCACCUCCUUAAUAGAACCUCAGUCAAGGUUCCGUUCAUGGUUGGCAAAAACAAGGAGCAUUUUAUCAGCGCUUUUAAUGGGUUUAAAGUCAUUCAUCUUCCUUAUAAACAAGGUGAAAAUAAACAGUUCUCCAUGUACAUUUUUCUUCCAGAUAAAAAAAACGGUUUGUCAUCUUUAAUUAAAAAGAUAGUUUCAGAAUCUGGAUUCCUUGAACACAACCUCCCUUGGCAAAGAGUGGAAGUGCGUCUCUUAAUGAUUCCAAAAUUCAAGAUUUCUUUCGGUCUGGAAACUUCUAAGGUGUUGAAGGAGUUGGGAGUGAGUUUGCCUUUCUCUAACCAAGCAGAUUUGACAAAUAUGGUGGACUUUGAUGAGGAUGAUUUAUAUGUUGAAGCCAUAUUUCAUAAGGCUUCCGUCGAGGUAAAUGAAGAAGGAACUGAUGCUGCGGCGGCCACUGGCGCAAUUCUUGCGAAGGGUGGUUCUAUUCCAUCUAAAAUAACAGACUUUGUAGCCGACCACCCUUUCAUCUUCUUGAUUAGGCAAGAUUUUACUGAAACAAUCUUUUUUAUUGGGCAAGUGCUCAAUCCUCUUGCUGAUGAUGCUAGCAGCAACGUCAUAGAAUAUCAACACUACUAGCGAAUCAAUAUUUGAUUGAAUUUAGCAUAUUGUUAUUCCUUUUAUAUUUCCUUUUAUAAUAUUUGAUUGAAAUGAUACCUUUUCAAUUAUGUACUCAAUUAUGCCAUGAGGAAGAACCGUCGGACUCUCUUAAUAAUGCCAGUAUCAUCUCUCUACUUCACUGGGUUGUAGGUAGCUACAUAAAAAACACCUCUGUAACUUAAUGCAUGUUUGGUUUUACGAUUUGCACAAAAUAUCCAAUGUAAAUUUAAGUAAAAGCUAAGAUUUGUUGCUUCUAAUCGAAAGUGAUUCUCUAGAGCAAUUCAGCGUGGAACCAAAACACCAUUAUUAAACACGACUGCGAAGAGAAUUGAAGUCAAAACCCCAUUUGUUUACCUCGUCAAGUUCAAUCAAGCCUCUUUCCCUUAAAUCAUAGAGUCGAAAUGCAACUUGACAUAUCAGAUAUCAACAAGGUUUUGAUACAAACUUGGGAAGAACAUGCAGACAUACACACAUAGUCUCUUCAGAGGAACACUUACAUGCUGCUUUUUGUUCCUGAGGAGUUGCUGGAUGGAAGACGCUCAGAGCUCGAACAAACUCUCCAAAUUCUAUCAUUUUUGUAGCCAAAUAAAUGGAAAACGUAACCUGCAGAAAAAUUUAGACAACUAUAACACUUGAUAGUGUCAUUACAAAAGGAAUGAUCAAUACCAAAAAGUACAUGAGUAAUACUAUCAGCCUAAACUCUAGAGCUUGCUUAUUACCCCAUCUUCAACCAUGGAGCUGCUUAAUCUCUUGAACAGAUCAUACUACAAUGCUUCAAUUUCAGAAACAUUAACUGAAGGAACACAGUCAGAGAAAGAAAUCAUUAAAAUCUAAACAUAUAUAACAUUGCCCCAUCAAUGAAAUCACAAUAAUACAAACUCCAGGAUCUGAUAACAAUAGGUUUGAGCAGCAAGAACUGCUGGAUCUUCAUGCUUAAGUAGCUGUUUGGUGCAAGAACACCCCAUCAAAAUGUUAAUUUAUUAGACACUGGAGGAGAGCUUUUACAACUACACAUUACUUAUAUUGUGCAUAGAAAUCUAAGACUUGGUAUCUAGUUUUAGUUCUAGUUCUUAUGCGCACCAAAAAAAUCAUUCACUCUGCACAUGCAAAGAAAAUGAAUGCUAGUUGCUCUGAUCGGUAAGGGGUUUUGAGUUCUUUAAGCAGGAUUUCAGAUUUGACUACUCUUGUGAAAUAUAGGAAUACACUUUCAAACGUUGCACAUGAAGCUUAACUUUUAGUGAAGAAAUUGAUACUCAGAGAAUUCUUGUUACGUAUCUUUCCAUUUCAGCACCAACUUCCAAACAUAUUUUUCCAUUAUUUAUGCAGUUUUUUUAGCAUGUUUGGAUUAGUUUCUCUUUUAUCAGAAUCAGUUCUGACACCAAAAAACUACUCACAUAAGCUUCUCCUUAGAAUUGA